AUGGUCUCCGCCGUCCACGGCGUCAUGAUCACCGCCGACGUCCCCAUCAAGCAGUACAUCCUCCACCUCAACGACGUCGCGCCCGCGGAGCGCAAGUUCGUCGUCGUCGACCUCGACGCGCGUCGCGUCCUCGUCCAGCCCGACGCCGUCGACGCGAUUCACCGCGAGAUCGAGGCGUUUCAGCAGUCCACGCAGUACGUCGCCCCCCUCGCGAGCGCCAAGCCGUAG